AUGUGCGUCCGCUCGUUUCUCCUCGCCGCCCAUCCCCAACACUCUCUUUUUCCUCUUCAAACACGGCGUCCUUCACUUCCUCCUCCUCUUCUCUAUCGCCGCGGCAGGCACAAGAACGCUUGGUCCGUGUGCGUCCCCAUCUCGGGCCAGUCGUCGUUCCCUGCCAUCCUUCGCCCGCCCGCCGUCCGACUCGCCAACCCUGUCAACCACGUCCCCCGAAUCACCCCGAUCAGCGUCCCACCUCGCCAGCUCUCAUCCGAUAGCCUACCCCUCGAGUCUCCGUUGCUGAGCAUCCCCGAACGACGACGCAGUCGCUUCAGCCCGUCCCCGUCCAGUCUGAUCGUGGAGCGCAGUCAGGGCGAGAGCGAGAGCAGCCGCACCAGUAUCGGUCUGCCUCUAGGCCGGCGGCGUAGCCAACAUAUAUCACCCGCGGACAUGGCUGCAGCAUUUGCCGGCAGCGCGGCCAAGGAGGUGGAAAACCUCCAGCCCCCUGCCGAAGUCCAUCUAUCGCAAGAUGGCACUCGCCGCCAGAAUAAUGACGACCGGCCUCGCCACGUCCAGUCACAAACUUCUCUACGCUCCCAAUCCCAGAUCGCUUCCGUCCCCUCGAACACCGGCCAACCCGCCCCUGACGUCGCCGAAGAACUGGCCUGGGGCCCCGCUCACCCGUGUUUCCCGCAUCUGAACCCGCAUGUACCGAUUGGAUCUCAGGAGUAUCUCACCACGCGCGUGAUCCGGAUUCGACGCGACUGGAUGAUCAAGGGCGACUUGGCGCCGACCUUUUCGAAUCUGUAUCCCGAGAUUUUGGACCCGCUAUUGUCAGAACAAGAGUUCCGCCAGGUGAUUGCCACUGUGAACGAGGGCCUCAUCAAGGCCUUUGACCCGUUCCGCCUCCGCAAUUGGUUCGAUGGCGCGAUGGGCCUGCUGACGGGCUGGGUGUGGGACGACAUCAAUGCCCCUGGGAUCAAGAGCCAGCUACAACACGUCGAGACCUGGCUGGAGAACUGGAAUCGAGAGGUUGGCGCCAAGGACGGAGUGCACAUCUGGAGUCUGCGGCGAACCGCCUACAUGUCUCUCGAUAUCCAGAUCCCCGAUCCCAAGGUGGGCAUUGUACCCAGCGAGGAUCCCUCUCAACCCAAUACCAGGCCCAGCACCGGCAUUGGGCCUGGUACUUGA